ACAUUCGAUCGAAUCAAAAUGGCGCUUAUGUCAGUGACAUAUCUAUUGCAAUGCAAUGUUUUAUAAUCAGAUUUCUUUUUAUUAUAGCCCUUUUCAAGUAUAAUUAUAGAAUAAAACAGUAAUUAUGUCGACUAAUAAUUUGUCAUCAGUUCUAAAAUCAUGUUCGGAGAGUGAAUUAAUUAACGAAGUUGCGGAUAAUAACAUGACACCAAAACAGGUGGAAGGAUCCCGACUAAAGAGGACCUUUACGUUGCCUCGCAAUCCCUUUGGUACCACUAAACCAGGCUCCAGCAAAAGUAAGAGCAACGACAGCGACAAUAAGCAAGUCAGUGCCAGCUCCACAAUCGCAGAAUCUACGAAGGACGACGGUGUAAUCGAGAGGAAGUUGUUUAGAAGGCCAUCAUGGAAACGAUUUCUGAACAAAAUAGCGCAACACAUGAGCACCGUUAAUGUGUCCGGGGUAAAAUCAGCACCAGCAGUUUUUAAUGGUGAGAGAGUUCCAUGCAGCGGUGACCCUCCAUGGCCCCCAGGCUCUACUCCAGCUGCUACAGGCAUCAAAAAUCAUGGCAACACUUGUUAUAUGAAUGCUGUAUUGCAGUGCCUUUCACAUACUGAUGUUAUUGCAGAAUAUUUUGUGCUAGAUCAUUACAAGGUAGACUUACAAAAAAGGAAUAAAAUUAACUCAAAAAAAUAUGGCACAAGGGGGGAAGUAACGGAACAACUAGCAACUCUUCUAAAAGCUCUCUGGGCUUGUAGAUACACACCAGACAUGAGUACUGCAUUCAAGGGUGCAGUGGAGAGGCAUGGCAUGCAGUAUAGAGGGAACAGCCAGCAUGAUGCACAAGAGUUUCUUUUUUGGUUGCUAGAUAAGGUUCAUGAAGAUUUAAACACUGCCACUAAAAAGAAAUAUAAAACCAUUAAGAACACAUGCGGAAAACCUGACGAGGUGGUUGCCGCGGAAACCUUAGCUAAUCAUGCUAGAAGAAAUAGUUCGUUUGUCCAGGCAGUAUUUCAAGCUCAAUACCGGUCGGCAUUGACAUGCGCAAAGUGUGAGCGGACAUCGUGUACAUUCGACCCUUUCCAUUGCGUGAGCGUACAGCUACCCCCCAGGCCGGCCGCUGCACAAAUCUCUCCGUUACCUGUUAAUGUUGUAUAUGUGAACCAACAACCCCGCCAAGUCCGCAUCGGCGUGGAGCUGCAGCCAAACUCCACAAUGGAAGACCUGCGAACAACCCUGCACACGGACACGGGCAUCGAACGUGACAACAUCAUCCUGGCGGAAAUCAAUGAAACUGGCUGGUGCGUGGCGCGCGCGGGCUGGGAGCCGGCCGGCCUGGACGCCGGCGCGCUGUACUGCAUGGAGGCGCCGCCGCUGCUGCAGGCGCCCGCCACGCCCUAUCUGCUCAUUCUCUGGGUCAACUUACUCGACGGGGAGCGUUUCGGAUCACCAUACGCGAUGCAAGUGCCUCGAGAGACGUCAUACAUGGACCUGCAGAAGCUGCUGCUGAAGGAGAUGAGCGCGGUGGUGGCGGAGCGCGUGCUGGAGGGCGCGCAGGGCGCCGAUAUCUUCCGCGCGCGCAUCGCCGAGGCGCACCGCCCGAGGGACCCCGCCUACCUGCAGCCCGAGGUACCCUGCCUACCUGCAGCCCGAGGUACCCUCGCGGAGGUGGACAGCGACACUUCCCACUCGAACGUGGCUCGGCUGAGGCGCACCGCCCGAGGGACCCCGCCUAGCUGCAGCCCGAGGGACCCCGCCUACCUGCAGCCCGAGCUUCCCCAUCCUUUGUUCGCCCUGGACGUGGAGCAGGCGCUGUGCGCGCACGACAAGCACCCGCACCUCCGACUCGAGCUGCUGUGGGACCCGGCGCACAGAGACAGUAUAAUCCGGGACCCGCUGGAGGCAUGCGAGGUGCACGUGUCAGCGCACGGGUCGGCGGCGCCGCUGACGCUACACGCGUGCCUCACACACUACACGCGUGCCGAGCAGCUGGCUCAGGAGGACGCUUGGCGGUGCCCCCAGUGCCAAAGGUAUAUGCCGGUCGUUAAAACGCUCGGCCUGUGGUCGCUGCCGGAUGUCUUGGUCAUUCACCUCAAACGGUUCCGGCAGCAAGCUAAGUGUCGAACGAGUACAAAGUUGACGACGAUGGUGGAGUUCCCCCUGAGCGAGCUGGACAUGACGCCGCACUUGGCGGUGCGCGGGGCGGGCGGCGACGGCCCCGGGCACGGUCCCGGGCACGCGGCCGGGCACGGUCCCGGGCACGGCCCCGGGCACGCGGCCGGGCACGGUCCCGGGCACGGCCCCGGGCACGCGGCCGGGCACUCGCGCUCGCCGCGCCGCCGCGCCUCGCGGCCCGGCCCGCCCGACAACACGUACGACCUGUACGCCGUGUGCUACCACCACGGCGACGACCUCGAGACCGGCCACUACACCGCCGCCUGCCGCAACCCCUACGACGACCGCUGGUACAAGUUCGACGACUCGCGCGUCACGCCCGUCGACGACGACAACGCCUACGGCGAGCUCGUCAACAACACCGCCUACAUGCUCUUCUACAAACGGAAGAAACCCACCGUCGCUCACACGCGCGCCUCGGACGACGGCGGCCACUGGGCGCUCCGAAUGCCGAAAUACGUGAAACGACCGAGCGAAACUCUGAACGAGAUCGCCGAGGUUAAGGACGAAGUCGCCGAAGACGCUAAGAUCGAAGCUCCCGGCCCCGAGCCCGAGUCCGAGUCGGAGAUCACCCCGCCGACGCGCAGCCCUUCGGCGCGAAGCAUCGCGAGCCUGCCCGACGAUAACGCCGCGGAGCCCCGACCCGCCGAUCCCGCGCCCGUCGUACAUAACACCACUAUUAUCCAAUCCCCGACUCUGCAGCGGCCGCUAAUAGUCGAGGUGAACGGCAACCGACCGACCGGCAGCACGAGCGAGUGCGACAACGAAUCUAGCGCAUCCACCGAACCGUACAUCCAUAAAGAUGUGCACAUAAAUCCGAAGAUGACGCCCGUCGACACGCGGCGGCCGCGCUCCGUGGACUACCCGCCGCGCGGCGCCGCCCGCGACGCCAACCGCAACUACGACAGCUCGCCGCUCGUGGCCAGCAUCAACGGCGUGGAGUACCACCCCACCACCGAGGACCUCGUGCUCACCAUGUUCCAGGACUCCAAGUACAUCGUUCCGCGCCACGCCAACAUCGCGGGGGAAUCUCAUAGAACAGGUGAAAAGUCUUCCGUUUGGAAAACUCGAAUAUCCACAUGAGAGCGACAGGUACCAUUGAAGGGUCAGAUGCGGUCCUACCCAUUAUUUAUUUCCUAUUUAACUAUAGAUCUGAUUGUUUUUUGUAGUUGACAGUUAAUUUAUUACGUUUUAUAGAGGCAGUGAGGAUAUGUAACGCGAUAAUUUUGAUUACUUACGAAUUACUCUGCAGCAACAUUUGUAAAUUAAAUCUGCUCAUAAAUGCUAUACUAGAAGAUUCUGGACUACUUUACAAUAGUUUAUUAAAUGGAGUUAUGUGCAUACUUUGCCAAAAACACAUUUUGCUGUGGAGUGCUUUGUGGUCCAUUUAACGAAACUACAAUUUGACUAGAAUGUUCAGUCUAAAUCCCUGAUGUUGGUAACGGCUACUUGUAAUUUUCUAAGAACGUGUUAAACGUUUAAAUGUUGCCAAUUGAGGCUAAAAAUAACAUGUAGAUUCGUGAAACGGACCAAUGAACUUUUAUAUUUAAUUUUUGAACAUCGAUUUUACAAUUUGGAAACUUUAAUUCGUUGAUUGAUUACACAUGCCAAAGAUUGGUUAAUAAGAGCCGCGUAAUAUUGGACCAGUUUCGUUAAUUACAUAACGUAAAGCAUUGUUGUGGUGUAGUGUCGUGUAGACUGUAGUUAACAGUAUAAAUACCGUAGUUAGCGGGCGAUAUUAUCAAAUUUUCAUAACAAAUACCACACUAGUGCCUUGGCCCUUGGGAUGUUGUGAUUUUAAAAAUAUAAAACACCAUAUUUGCUGAUUUACAAUAGGUAUGUACGUAGUAAGAGGUAUAUAAGUAUAACGGUCGUUGUUGCACACGGCUCGUACUAUCCUAGUGAUAUAAUAUUGGAAUUGCAGCAGGUUUCGGUUGGGUAGUGGGAAUAUCAUUUGGGCAGCAGCCUCCACCGGGAACGACUUGCAAGGUAUCAUGUGAUUUUAUGAAUAAUUAUAAUUUAUUUACGAAAUAUUGUAUAUAUUGGCUUUUAUACUUUGUUUCUACAGAUCACAAAUUUCUUACUGAGUUUAAAAAAUGUAAAUACUGGAAAUAAUAUUUUCAUAUUUGCACAUAGGUUAGAUUAUGUAAGCUGCACUUGAUUGUGAAGGUUUUGUUUAUAAUUUAUGUUGAAAUUGAUUUAUUUAAAAGACAUUGUUAUAAGCGUAAAAGUAUCAGACUAAAUGGCCUAAACGGUACCUGUGAACUUCUUGUCAGGAAUGCAUUGUGCUUCAUUAAAUAUAAACCUAUUAAUGUAUUUCUAUCCAAUACUCUGGAAAGUGACUCUUGCUGUGUAAGGCUGGCUCUCAUUAUUAAAUAUUAUAAUUUUAUGUUUAAAUAAUUCGAAGAUAGACGACCAGUGUCAUAAACAUAUAUUAUUUUAAGGUUUGUUAUACAAUAGCAGCUAUUGACAUUAGGAAUUGUUUGAUCAGAUCUGCAUUACACACAAUUUGGCGGUAAAUACAUAUAAAAACAUCACAUACAUUCAUAAAACCUGAAGAUGCUUUAAUUCUCAAUUUAUGCGAUGGUCGUGCAAUCUCCGAAUGUGUAUUGUGUUACUUGUUUUAAUUUAAAGAUGUUUAUUUUACUUUCACAACGUUAUUUAAAAUAUAAGUGUUAUGUACCUACACGAA